UGCUGACGUGAUCACGUCGCUCCUCGCGUGGCCCUGUGCGGGGAGGACCGACCGGCUUCAUUUGUGUCUGGCAGAAGGAGCCGACAGCUGUGGAAGGCACCGACUGCCUUGACGGUCCUGGUUCACAAAUAAAGACCGAAAACAGCAACGUUGAUAGGACGGGAGAUGGAUAACAGUAAACGGACUGUGGUCGUUACAGGUUUUGGACCAUUUGGAGAGCACACGGUCAAUGCCAGCUGGGUUGCAGUACAGGAACUGAAGAAGCUCGGACUGGGCAGUGAAGUGGACUUGCAUGUGUCUGAGGUCCCUGUAGAGUAUCAGACGGUCCAGAGUUUAGUCCCUUCAUUAUGGAAGCAGUAUCGUCCACUGUUGGUAGUUCAUGUUGGAGUCUCGGGUAUGGCCACCACUGUCACGCUGGAAAAAUGUGGCAGAAAUCAUGGCUACAAGGGCCUGGACAACAGUAGCUUCUGUCCUGAUUCACAGUGUUGCAUAGUGGGAGGCCCAGACUGCAUUGACUCAGUUAUUGACAUGGAAUCAGUCUGCAAGAGAGUGACUGCCUCAGGACUAGGAGUAGCUGUGUCCGUCUCCAGAGAUGCCGGAAGGUACCUCUGUGAUUUCACUUACUACACGUCUCUGUACCUGAGCCAUGGUCGCUCUGCCUUCGUUCAUGUGCCUCCUCUUGGAAAGCCUUACAGCGGGGAAGACCUGGGCCGUGCGCUGCAAGCCAUCAUCCGGGAGAUGCUGGAGCUUCUGGACCAGGCUGAGGAGAAGAUCCACUGCCAGCAGCACUUCCACUAAGUGACCUCCAGAUGCCUACCAGCCUCUCCAGCCUUCACCACACAACAGAAAUUGCACUUAACCACAAGUAGCCAAACUUCUUUUCUCGUUUUUUAUUGUUGUCUUCACUUGAAGAAGAUGAAACUUCAAUGUAUAGCAUCUUUUUGGUGUUUGUUUCUCUAUGUCUUAAGUUUUCGUUUUGUUAGCCCUGUUUCGGUUAUGUUUAAAUAUCUCCUGAUGGUGAGAAGAUAAAAUUUGUGUUUCCAGAAAACCGGUAGUCACCCUGUCAAGUAGGCUUUUGUCCCACUUCCAAGUAACAUGUAAUAUUCUGAUUUGGGAGUUUAUAAUAUGUGAAAAACUAAAGGCUCACUAAGAAAACACAGAAGCAAAGUGCAGCUCAUAUUUGUUUAUAUGCAGAGGGUCUGUAAUGUGGCAGAUAUUACAACCUAUAACUCCAAAUGUGACUCCUAUUAUUGCACCUUAUAGAGUUAGGGUUAUUGAAAUGGUUAUAGAAGUCACAUUUUGGAAAACUGUGAAUAUACUCUGCAGUAUUAAACUAUAAUAAUCCUCAAUCAUCCUUUAAAUUCCUUUCAGUUGAAAUAUGAUUUAAUAGAUUGGUGUUUGCCCCUCAGUGUCUAUAAAUGACUAAUGUACAUGAUACAUUAUUGUUUAAGUAGAGAGGUUUGGCAGAAAACCAUUUUCUCAUUUCUGUUUCCUUUAACUAUGUUCUAGCUGUGCUCUUUCACACCAUAUGUUGUAUUGUUUCUCCUUUUUCUUUAUAAGAAGUUGUAAAUUUGCCUUCUUUUACAAAGGUUAUUUAAAUCAGGGAACGGGUUGGUUCCAGCUCAUAUUCCCCCCCAGUUUGUUGGCCCAAUUCUGACAGAAAACCCCCCAAAAACCACCCCACUGAGAUCUGGCCCCAGGCUGUGCAAUGUUAUAUUACAGAUCUCAAGUUCAGUGAUUAAGUUUUAGGUUUGUCAGAAUUUUAUUGUGGCUGCACAGUUAUUUGAGAAAAUAUUGAGCCUUGCAAGUAUAUUCCUAGUUUAGUGUCCUGUUCUAAAUCUAAAUUGUAUAUCCAGUAAUAUUCAUUUUGAAGGAACUGAACAAAUAGAAGAUCAUUUUUCUCUUGCUCGUUAGUUAUUCACUGGAUUGUGAAAAGAAACUGACAUCACUGUUCUGGAUUUCUGGGUAGUGAAAUCCUUGUACAAAGUUUGUCAAUACGCUGAUCGAUGCGUAGCUUCACAAAAGGGCACAACUUUCCUUUUAUAGUAAAACUGUGAAAAAUUGCAAUUUGGUGCAGCAUUUAGGACCAAGUUACAGGAGCCCAAGUUCUUCUUUUUUCUGCAAUUGUGCAGCCUUGACUUUUAUUCCUUGAUUAAAGCUUUCUGUUUUUCCCUUCAUUGAAUCAGAUAUAGCUGCUUAUUUUAUCUGAGGAUUUGAUUUGAUGAAGUUGGACUCUCAUUUGAGUCAGAGUUGGGCCUGGACUUUAUUUUCUGUAGCACUUUCUUUCUUUUUCUACUUAACCUGGACUAUGGACAGCCGUUUUGGUUAUGUGAAUGCUCGUCUCUUUUUUUUUGUUUGUUUCCAGUCACUUUAACCUGAAAUUUGUAGCUUUCCAGACAUACACAUGCCCAUGUUUUACCCUUCCCCCCCAUUGAUUCUAGUUAUGUAUGUGAGGUAUGCAUGACAGGUCAGUUGUGCUUUAUUUUUCUGAGCUUUUGUGUGUUCUGACCUGUGUCUGUGAUGGUGCCACUCCCACACAUAAAUGUUCUGUUUAUGGCUUUUUUUCCCCUUUUUACAGCCAACAUGGAUUACAUUUAAUCCAUUUUUAGAUAUUUGAUUAUUGAAUGGUUUGUAUUCUGCUACAGCAUCCUGUGUAUCCACAGAAAAUCUAUGUGUCUGAGUUUAGCCAGUUGGUGCAGUAGAGUUAGAGUAAGUCAUUAUUUUUAGUAGUGUGUAUCAAUUAAUUACUGUUCAGUACCACAAAGUAGCAUCCUGGAGCACUGAUCUGAACAGAAAACUUCCUCUCAGACCUACGUUUUAUCUUGGCAUUUGUCAUUGAUGUUACAUCUUGGUCAUGCAGUUGUAAAAUCUUUUAUAAAAUUGUUGAAAUGUUGGGUAGGUUUUAGUUCUGAGUUUUUAGGUGCUGAUAUUUUACUGUGUGGCUUUUGUGAGUGCUGAGAAGUGAAAGGGUUGUGGAGGAGCCUGCCCCUAAGAGCCUCAAGUUUACAUAUGAGGUGACCUCUGACCCUGACUCUCUCCUGUGCCUUGCUGUUGUUUAUAAAAAGGCCUUAAACAUUCUCCACAGGUCAGUUCAGAGAUAUAUUACUGAUGCUGUCUGGUCAAAUAUGUGGCUACCUCAGAAAUACUUUUUUUUUUUUUUUUUUUUUUAAAUCUCACUGUGUGCUCUGUUGUACAAUAACAUUAUGGCUCUGUGAUUUACUGUGAGUUCUCUGUUUAGGGAGAAUCCUUUCACAGGUGUCUUCUGCUUCUGACAUUAACAACACACUGUUAAAAUAAGUAAGGAAUACUGGCUUUGUAAAAGGGAAGGCUUUGAAAUAAAGACAAAGGAUUACAA